UUCCCCGAAGACGCUAUCUCGGCAGCAGAAGACUUUAAGCACUUACUGUACCUCACAAAACCCUAGAACUAGAAGGCGCUCUCUCUCUCUCUCUCUCCCUCGCCGCCGUCACAGAGGGAACAAUGCCUCCAAAAGCAGCUAAAUCGAAGGAAGCACCAGCAGAGAGGCCGAUCCUCGGCCGGUUCUCUUCUCAUCUCAAGAUUGGGAUCGUUGGGUUGCCGAAUGUUGGCAAGUCUACCCUUUUCAACACACUCACAAAGUUAUCCAUUCCUGCUGAGAAUUUUCCUUUCUGCACAAUUGAGCCAAAUGAAGCCCGGGUUAAUGUUCCGGAUGAGCGCUUUGAGUGGCUUUGCAAGUUGUACACGCCUAAAAGUGAGGUUUCAGCAUUCUUAGAAAUCCAUGAUAUAGCUGGACUAGUUAGAGGUGCACAUGAAGGGCAAGGAUUGGGCAAUAGCUUCUUAUCUCACAUCCGUGCAGUUGAUGGCAUUUUCCAUGUUUUGCGAGCAUUUGAAGAUCCAGAUAUCAUCCAUGUUGAUGAUUCUGUGGAUCCAGUCAGGGAUUUGGAGGUUAUUACUGAAGAAUUGCGUCUAAAGGAUGUUGAAUUCACAGAGAAGAGAAUAGAGGACCUUGAAAAGAGCAUGAAAAGGAGCAAUGACAAACAGUUAAAAAUAGAGCAUGAAUUAUGUGAAAGGGUCAAGGCAUGGCUUGUAGAUGGAAAAGAUGUCCGUUUGGGGGACUGGAAAGCAGCUGAUAUUGAGAUACUGAAUACUUUUCAGUUGCUCACUGCCAAGCCUGUUGUUUACUUGGUUAACAUGAAUGAGAAAGAUUACCAAAGAAAAAAGAACAAGUUCUUGCCUAAGAUUCAUGCCUGGGUCCAGGAACAUGGUGGAGAAACAAUUAUUCCUUUCAGUGCUGCAUUAGAACAAAAUCUUGCUGAUAUGCAACCAGAUGAAGUGGCAAAAUAUUGCGAGGAUAACAAAGUACAAAGUGCCCUUACAAAGAUUAUAAAGACUGGAUUUUCAGCAAUCAAUCUUAUUUACUUUUUCACAGCGGGCCCUGAUGAGGUAACAAUUGCUGUUUCUUAUUUGCAUAUUAAUUAAAAGUUAUAGGUUAUUUGGAAUGCAAUGUUGUUUAAUUGUUUUUUCCUUUUUUAUCAUGAUGUUGCAUCUGCAGUUUGGAUUAUUUGAUUUUUAUUUUAAAAGCUCAUAUUUAGGCUUUGGAUUCCAUGUAGCACCAUUUUAGUUCUUUUUAAUGCCAUUGUUUUUCUGUUGUGGUGAUAUCUAUGGAAUUCUUUUGUAUAAUUAUUUCCUUUCCUGGAACCAUUUGCAUAUUGCAGAGGGAAAAAUCCUGUGAAUCUCCAUAACAUAAACUUUCUCCAGGGGGCAAUUUGCUAAAUUUUUUCUAAUUUUAUUAAUUUUAAGUUCCCAUACUUCAUUGCUGGCUGAAAAAAAAAAAAAAAGAAGUUCCUAAGUUUCUUCAUUGAUUAUAGGAAUAUCUCCAUUAUUAGUUCAA